CCUGUGUGUUUCAACACAGAGCAACCCAGCUGACUCUGACGUGAACUGAGGGAUAGAAGUGUGUUUUCUGAAACAGAGCGGUGAGUGCAGACAUACAGACAGGCACACUGUGAGAACAACAUAAACAUCAACUUAAAAAGCUUAGGUUAUUUUUUUCCCGAUUUAGGCUAAUUGAUCUAACAAAACCAAUUACGUAACAUCAGAUUUUUUGCGAGAGUAUUUUUCGACAGAAGAAAACAGCAAGAUGAGGAGCACAUGGAUCUGUAUGGUUAUACUGACAGCACUUGGAGGACUGAAUACAGGGGGGUGGGUUGGAGCCUCGAGAAGCCAAGGUGGGCGAAACCGGAACAGGCAGAAGGAAAGCCCCAUCGACAAGAUCACUGCAGACCCCAACCUCAGCCUUAACCUGAUGGCCGGGAAAUGGUUUCUGAUUAGUGCCGCCUCAAAAUGCCCCUACCUCCUGGAAAAUGGUUUUAAAGUGGAGAGUACUUUCAUCUCUGUGACACCACCUACCUCCACUGAUGGUCUGUUGGUCAGCACUCACAGGAAACUGAAUCAGCAGUGUUGGGAGAUCAAGCAAGAGUACCAGACCACUAAAACCACAGGAAGAUUCUUGUUCUCGAACAAGAAUCCAAGAAAAAACAUUGAUAUUGUGAUUGCCGAAACAGACCACAGCUCCUAUGUCAUAUUGUACUUUCAGAGGCAAGGAAAAAUCUCCAUGAAAUUAUAUGGUCGAUCCCCAAAAGUGCCAGACUCUAUUGCAGAUAAAUUUGAGGAGCUCGCAGCAAAACAGAAUCUUGGGUUGGAUUAUGUCUUCCAGUUCCCAGAUUACAGCUUCUGUGAGACCACUGACAAAGAUUAUGUGCUGGUCAUAUAAUGGAUCAUUGUCCGUCUCUGUCCUGGGCAACAUUCAUGGAGUAUUUGGGAACAGUGAAAGCAUAUUUGUCUACGAAUCUGGAUCACGCGUAAUUUGAUACAAUUGCUUCUGUACUUAUGAAGAGAUACAAUAGCAACAUUAAACACAACUAAUUUUUCA